AUGAUUGUGCGCGCUCCUCUUUCCAGUUUUUCCUUUCUGAACUGAACUUCUUAAAUAGAUUUUUUUUUAAUUCUAUUCUCACGUUUCAAAUCGUUUCCAACUGAUUAUGCUUCAUGAUCUGUUUAUAGCCAGUGUAAACCAGUAACAAAUUUGUUCAAUAAAUGAAUAUAAAUGUCAUUUAUAUUAAACAUUGGCUCAUGCAAAGAUGAGUUUCUUUGCAGAUGAAGAGACCGCACUGCUUAAAUGUAUCAGUAUUUUCUAAGGAGAUAUUGUAAGGGCGAUGGAAAAGGUUUCAGUGGGUGUGACUGAGUCAGUCUGGAGCAUCAGAGAUCAGAGAUCCAGAAACACACAGGACUCAGAGACCAGCCUCAGUUUACUUUGUUACACUGACACUCAAGAGAGUCAUGAAUCCACUGAUCAGAUCUCUGCAGAGUCUUUGGGUUCAGACGGUAACGCUGAAGAAGAGCAGACAGCACUUAAGACGUGCACAGUGAAUCUGGAGGACUGCAGGAACCUAGCCAAGAUGAAAAGAGAAACCACAGCUGAUGAAGAACAGAGCGAUGAUGAUGAUGAUGAUGAUGUUUUUAUUCCAUCAGACUUAAAAGAGGAAAGUGAAGUGCUGAGUGAAGUGGAGGAGAUGCAUCAGCAUCAGGAACCUCAUGAGGUUUUAAGUGAAGAAACGUCUUCCACAGGCCAUGAAUGUGGAACGAGUUUAGUUCAGCAAGGUCAAAAACCAUACAAAUGCCCUCAGUGUGGAAGGAGUUUUUUACAAAGGGAACAGCUUGAAAUGCAUAUGAAGGUUCACACCGGAGAGAAACCUUUUGCCUGCCAUGAAUGUGGAAAGAGUUUCACACGUCAAGGAAGCCUUAAUGUGCACAUGAGAGUCCAUACGGGAGAGAAACCUUUCCUGUGCCCCCAAUGUGGAAAGAGUUUCAGUAUUAAACUAUAUCUUAAGAAUCACCUGAAAAUUCAUACUGGAGAGAAGCCGUACACAUGCACUGAGUGUGGGAGGAUUUUCUCCCAAAGAGGACACCUUGACACGCACAUGAGAUCUCACACCGGAGAGAAACCUUACUCGUGCCAUGAGUGUGGAAAGAGUUUCACACGCCAAGGAAGACUUAAUAUUCACAUGAGAACUCACACUGGAGAGAAGCCGUUCACGUGCCCUGAGUGUGAGAAGAGUUUCAUUGGUAAACAUUACCUUAAGGAUCACCUGAAAGUUCAUACUGGAGAGAAACCGUACACAUGCACUCAGUGUGGGAAGAGUUUUGCACAUAAAGGCAUCCUUAAUGUGCACAUGAGAGUUCACACCGGAGAGAAACCUUAUACCUGCCACGAGUGUGGAAAGAGUUUCACACGGGCAGAGAGUGUAAAAGAACAUCAACUACGAAUUCACUCUAGAGAAAAGUCAAACUGUGAUCAGUAAAACAUGAUUUUGGGGUUUAGAUCUUGUCUGUAUCUGAUACAAGAAAGACUUUCUUUUUAAAAGUCACUUGCUCUAUAUAUAUGCUAUGGAUUAUACUACAAAAACAAUGUUUUUCUAUCUGUAAAGUGAGCUCAACAAAAACUCUUUGUGCACAGCACACAGACCCAACUAUUAAUUAAUGAAUUCCGUUGUUGUCUAAUUUAAUAAUCAGUUUUUAUUUGAAAUUGCAGCUAUAAUACAUUUUUUAUGUUUAAUCAUAACAGUUCUGCAGGGCCGUGGACUGUAGACUAUUUAAUUGUAUGUAAUUUGUGUAUUUAAUUUGAUGCUUAUUUAUUGUUUAUCAAUAUAAAAUGACAAAAUUAAAGAAAUCUGGGAUCGUCA